UUGUUUAUAAUUGGAUUUGGGAUUCAUUAAUGUCAGUUUUUUUUAUAAAAUUGUUUUUAUUUAUUAAAUUUAAUCUAUUAUGAUUAGGGCAGCAGGAUUUGUUAUAUUUCGUCGUUUACGUGAUGAAAUAGAAUACUUAUUAUUAAAAGCAUCCUACGGUGAUCGCCAUUGGAGCUCACCGAAAGGUCAUGUUGACCCAGGUGAAGAUGAUUAUACUACUGCUGCUCGUGAGACUAGGGAAGAAGCCGGAUAUACCGAGGAUGAUUUGAUAAUAUAUAAAGACAAUCCAAUUUCCCUCAACUACGUGGUUAAAGGCAAACCAAAAGUUGUAGUAUAUUGGUUGGCCGAAUUAAAAAAUCCCACACAAGAAGCCAUAUUAUCUAAUGAACAUACUGAACUAAAAUGGUUGACUAAAGAUGCAGCUAAGGAAAUUGUAGGCUUUAAAGACAAUCAGGAAAUGAUAGACAAAUUUCAUGAAUUUAUAUUGAGCAUGUCUAAUAAAUAGAUAUUAUUUUCAUUCCUAGUUUAUGUUUUAUCAAAUUAGAUAAGCUUUAAAAAUAAAUGCCUACAUUCAUAAAAAUGUAAUUUUAUAAAU